AGCAAGUGUAGAAAAGAAUGAAAUCUUAUUAACUUUUUUGUUUUUUUAUUUUUUUGUAAGAGACGGCUUAAUUUUUUGCUAAAAAAUAUGUCCAAACCCUCAAUUUUACUUAUUGAACCAUUCUAUGGUGGUAGCCAUAAACAAUUAGUUGACACAUUAAUUGAAUGCUUAAAUGCGGGCGAUUAUGAGGUGUUUAGUCUUCCAGGUAAGAAAUGGCAUUGGCGCGCUCGUACUGGUGCUUUAUAUUUUUCCCAAAUCAUACCGCAAAAUCAUGAAUAUAAGGUCGUAUUCACCAGUUCUGUUUUGAAUUUGGCUGAGUUAAUAGGCGUGCGUCCAGAUCUAGGCAAUUGUAAAAAGAUUGUUUAUUUCCAUGAAAAUCAGCUAAUAUAUCCAGUACGCGAGGUAAAGGAGAGAGAUUGUCAGUAUGGUCUAAAUCAAAUCCUCACUUGUCUGGCUGCUGAUUAUGUAAUUUUUAAUUCCAAUUUCAAUCGUACUUCCUUUUUGGAUAAUAUUACACCUUUUCUAAAUGUACAACCGGAUCUGAAGUUGAAACAUUUGCGUGAAAAAAUUGAAAAAAAAUGUGAAGUAUUGUAUUUUCCUAUCAAAUUUCAUGCCUUCCCUAAUAAGCGCCUUAUGAUCGGAGGUGAUGUGCAAAUGUCUUUAUUAACUAAUGAAGAUCCGAAUGAUUGCUUGCAUUUAAUUUGGCCUCAUCGCUGGGAACAUGACAAGAAUCCAAAUCUUUUGGUUGAAGUUUUAUUAGAGUUAAAUAAACGUCAAGUGGAUUUUAAAGUAACUAUAUGUGGGGAAACAUAUCAAACGUCACCCGAGUCUUUUGAGGGUUUACAAGAGAAACUGGGCGCGAAACUGGUGAAUUUUGGCUUUUUGCCGCGUGACAAAUACAUUAAAACUCUAUUGGAUGGUGAUGUGGUUAUAUCAACAGCGGGUCAUGAGUUCUAUGGAGUGGCUAUGCUGGAAGCUACUUACUGUGGCUGUAUGCCUAUAGCUCCCAAUAAGUUGGUUUAUCCUGAAUUGUACCCUAAAGAAAAUCUCUACAAUACGUCAAAUCAACUAAUAAAAAUGCUUUAUAAUUGGUGCCGUAAUCCAGUGCUAUUCCGUAAACAACGUGAAAAAUUUUUUGAAUACUUCACAUUUGAACGUUACUCAGCACAACAUUUGGUUCCAAAGUUCUUGGAAAAACUACGUGUCUAAUGAAUGCGCUAUAAGAUGUAUAAUUGCCGUUGUGCAAUAUAAUAUAAUAAUAAUGCAAGCUUAGCAUAUAUGUAGGUGAGAAAGAGGGAAAGUUAACAAUUCAGAAACCUCCUAAAUCAAUGACCAAUUUUGAUAGAAAUCUUAUAUAUCGUGAAACGGAGCGUAGAGAUUAAGUAUCUAACAUAUAAGACUUAAAGCGCGACUACGCAACUAAUAAUCAUACAAACGCGAGUUGAAAUAGGAAAGAAAGGAGAGUUAAGAAAAAGCGUUUAGUAUAUACAUAUACUAAGGUUGAAAACAAAGUC